CUCAGCAGCUCUCUGCUCCCUCCUCUGCAGGUCUCUCCUUGGGUGACAGUAUUGCAUCGAUCAGCUGUGCUGCAAUUACAGCUGCGAAGAGCCGCCGAGGCCACAGAGAGACUAUAACCAUCCGGACUGCGGGGCUGCAUCUGCGAACAUGUCUCCUCAGGCAGAGUUUGAGAAGAUAGCAGAGGAUGUGAAGAAGGUGAAGACGAGGCCUACGGACGAGGAGCUGCUGGACCUGUAUGGCCUUUAUAAGCAGGCGAUGGUUGGAGACAUUAACACUGACAGACCAGGAAUGGUGGACUUAAAAGGAAAAGCCAAAUGGGACGCCUGGAACUCCAGGAAAGGAAUGUCCAAGGAUGAUGCCAUGUCAGCCUACAUUACGCUUGGAAAGGAAAUCAUCAGCAAAUAUGGCAUGUAAGGGUUGCAAUGAACUGAAGAGGCUGAAUUAAUGCAAUAAAACGACAACAGUCGUGACUCAGUUACUAAAACAAUGCUGCUGUCUAUAUAACAAGUAGCCUUCUGCUUUCAGAGGCCAUAAUUAUGCAGGAUCAUAAUGAACAUUUCACCUUUUACAGUUAAAAUAUCACAUUUGCUGAUUUAUGUCAUUCAUUCAUAAUCCACAUGUACACAGCAAUAAAAGUGAUAUGUAGCUCGAAUCUUAAUGAAAACCGGACAAACUAAAUGUUGUCAAAUGUGAACACAUUUUGAAAAUAAAACCUCUUUCUGAACAGUU